AUGACUUCUUUAAGAAGCCUGUUUCUGGUUGGGGAGAUAGGCGGCAAUGACUACAUCUUUCCCUUCAUUUUUGGUAGAACCAUUAAAAAGAUACGUCCUCUCAUGCCACAAGUCGUUGCAGCAAUCACCCGUGCCAGAUGCAUGCUGAUAGAAGAAGGGGUUGUGGAUCUGGUGGUGCCGGGACAGUUUCCAAUAGGCUGCACCUCCUUGUUUCUAACUUUGUUUCAAAGCGCUAAUGAAUCGGCAUAUGACCCAAGAACCGGAUGUAUCAAGCCUUAUAAUGUUUUCGCGAAGUAUCACGCUAACUUCCUCAAGAAAGAAUUGCAAAUUAUGAGAGAACAAUACCCACAUGCAAGAAUCAUGUUUGUUUACUAUUAUAUUACCGUCAUGUCUAUCUAUCGCACUCCAAAACACUAUGGCUUCUAUGGAGGGACACUAAGGUCUUGUUGUGGAGGAGGUGGUCCAUACAACCUCAAUACAUCAGCAAUAUGUGGUCACACCGGCUCAACUGCCUGCAAAGAUCCAUCGGCUUUCGUGGAUUGGGAUGGGAUUCACUUGACCGAGUCUGCUUAUCAUCACAUCGCCAAAGGGUUGAUUGAUGAUGGCUUCACGUCUCCACCGCUCCUAUUGUAA